GGGGCGGCGGCGGUGGGCGCGAUGCCGGCGGAGGAGGAGGCGGCGGGCGGCCCGCGGCUGUGCGGCUAUCUGCAGAAGCUCUCCGGGAAGGGGCCGCUGCGGGCCUUUCGCAGCCGCUGGUUCGCCUUCGAUGCGCGGCGCUGCGCGCUCUGUUACUACAAGGGCCCGCGGGAGGCGCAGCCGCUGGGCCGCCUGGAGCUCGCCGGGGCCGCCUUCCGCAUCCACGACCCGCCCGCGCCCGGCCCGGGCCCAGGACAGCAGCCGCAGCCGGCCGAGGAGGAGCGGCGCGCGGAGGAGAACGGCGCGCCCGGCACCGCCUUCGAGGUGCGCGGCCCCGGCGGCGACGUGGCCGUCCUGCGGGCUGCCACGCAUCAGGACAUGAUGUACUGGCUGCAGGAGCUCCAGCAGAAGAGGUGGGAAUAUUGCCACAGCCUUGACGCUGCCAAGCGGUACAGCCGGACGUCGCCCACCCCUGCUGGGUGCUCCAGGGGACUGGUGGCCAAGGACAGUCCUGAUUGCACGGUGUUGCCAGCAAAUGCUUCAGCGGAGAACGCCCGCAACAUCCUUGCCGUUGAGAUUGCCCCCACGGAGCUGGUGGGGGAGCAAGCUGCCUGCCUGCCCGCCCCGGGCCACCCCGGCCCCAUCAACUUCUCCUUGAGGCAGCUGGGCACCGAGAUCAGAAAUUCUGUGUCUUCCUUAAGAACCGGAAAAGGAAGUGGGGAAAACCGCAGGAGUGUUUUUUACACAGAAGAAUGGGAAAUGCUGGACCCCACCCCAAAAGAUCUGCAGGAAUCAGCGGCUCAGGAAGAAAAACGAAGGCUGGCAGCCGAGACCAGCAAAGGUGGGACCGGCUCAAGCUUCCCCUUUGACUUUGGCCGCCUCCCGCACAAGGCCAGGCGUCCCUUGAAGGACAGCAUGGCUGCCAGCAAAGGCCGAGGCAGCCAGGAGGCCCCCCCUCGGGAGUGGAGCAGAGGCCAGCCGGCCGCAGAGAUGCAGCUGAAACUGCAGAGCCAGCAGGAGGACCUGGAGCAGCUGAAGACGGAGCUGGCCAGCCAGAAGGAACUGGUGCGGCUCCUGCAGCAGACGGUCCGGUCCUCCCAGUACGACCGGUAUCUCGCGGGGCCCCUCUGCGACGGGAGUGCCAAGGGCCACUUGGAGCUGCUUCACCAGAAAGACCGCCAGAUUUGGGGCCUCAACCACCAGCUGGAAAAGCUGAAUCUGGACAAGGAGCACCUGCAGCAGGAGGUGGCCAGCCUGAAGUCCACGUUGGGGGAGCUGGGCGAGCAGCUGGACAUGCUGAUGGAGACCAUCCAAGCGAAGGACGAGGUGAUCAUGAAGCUCUCCAGGGAGCUGAGCGAAUGCGAGUCGUCCUGGCAAAGCGGAGCCCCCCCUGCCGACGCCUCCCCCCCCCUCAGCAAGGAGCAGCAGGAGCUCAGCAAGCUGAAGGACAGCCUGCAGGGUUACAAAACCCAGAACAAAUUCCUAAAUAAGGAGAUCCUGGAACUUUCUGCUUUGCGAAGGAAUGCUGAGAACAGGGAGAAGGAGCUGAUGGCGAAGCACACUAGCCUGGAAGCCCAAAUGUGUCAGGUGGAGAGCAGGUACCUGGUUCUGCUGCAAGAGAGGAAGACGCCGGUGUGCUCGGAGGAGCCGAACCCCGACAGCAACCUGGUGGCCCAGCUGCUGGAAGACGCCCUGAAGGUGGACAGCGGUGAGCUGCCUGCACAGGCUUACUUCAAGCCCCACAUGGUCAGUGAGUACGACGUGUAUGGGUUCCAGACAGUCCCGGAGGACGAGGAGGAGGAGGAGAGGCUGGUGGCGAAGGUGCGGGCUCUGGACCUGAAGUCCUUGUCCCUCACGGAGCACCAGGAGAUGUCCACGGGUGUGAAGUGGGAGAACUUCCUGGCCGCCACUGUGAACAGGGAGAUGGUCCGGUCGGUGGAGCUGAAGAGCCUCAUCCGGGGCGGGGUCCCCCACGAGCACCGUUGCCAGAUCUGGAAGUGGUGUGUCGGCCUCCACGUGAAGAAGUUCAAGGAGAGCAGCCCCCCCGGCUACUUUCAGAGCCUGCUGCAGAACGCGCUGAAGAAGCAGAACCCGGCCUCCAAGCAGAUCGAGCUGGACCUCCUGCGGACCCUGCCCAACAACAAGCAUUACUCCUCGCCCGCCUCCGAGGGCAUCCAGAAGCUGCGGAACGUCUUGCUGGCUUUUUCGUGGCGGAACCCAGACAUCGGCUAUUGCCAGGGGCUCAACAGACUGGCAGCCAUUGCUCUUCUCUACCUGGAGCAAGAAGAUGCCUUCUGGUGCCUGGUGACCAUCGUGGAGGUCUUCAUGCCGCGGGACUAUUACACGAAAACACUGCUUGGCUCUCAGGUGGACCAACGCGUGUUCAAGGACCUGAUGAACGAGAAGCUGCCCCGGCUGCACACACACUUUGAACAGCACCGGGUGGACUUUUCGCUCAUCACCUUCAACUGGUUCUUGAUCGUCUUCGUGGACAGCGUGGUCAGCGACGUCCUCUUCAAAAUAUGGGAUUCCUUUCUCUAUGAGGGACCAAAGGUGAUCUUCCGGUUUGCUCUGGCCCUCUUCAAGUACAAGGAGGAGGAGAUCUUAAAGCUGCUGGACUCGACGUCCAUCUUCAAGUACCUGCGGUCUUUCACUCGCACUGUCCUGGACGCCAGGAAGCUGACGGGCAUUGCCUUCAGGGACCUCAACCCCUUCCCCCUGCGCCAGAUCAGGAACCGGAGGGCCGUCCACCUGGAGAAGGUGCGCCUGGAGCUGCUGGAGCUGGAGGCCAUGCGUGAGGACUUCCUGCGCGAACGGGAGACCCACCCAGAGAAGAGGGACCUGAUCAGCGAGGAUGAAGAAGACGGCUGAAGGGACCUCAAAGGACUCCU